CAGCAGCUGUAGCUCCGCUUAGAGCCCUAGCCUGGGAACCUCCAUAUGCCCUGGUUGGCCCUAAAAAUAAUAAUAAUAAUAAUAAUUAAAUUUGGUAGGUCUGAAAGAAAUCAGAGGAAACUUUAAGCCUGAUCAGUGAGCCUCUGGGGGAGGGGUGGUAGAUACUAGAGAUGCAGAGGCCCUGGAUACUAGUUGGGGUACUGGGGGCUUGACCUUAGGAAAGAUUUGGAAUUUUAGUUAAGUCCAAUAAAAAACUUUGGAGGGGUAACACCUAGUUGUCCCAUUUCACCUGGGAUAUUUAUUUUCCCUUUCUGGCAGAGUCUACACACAGCAGCAAAUAGUUGCUGGAUGCCCAGAUGGAAAACCAUUGUAAUAAAUUCAGGAAUAAAACGUCUUUAAAGGCAUGAUCCCAUUUUCAAUGGAAUAAUCUUUUGAGAAGACAAUGAGAGGUUUGAUUUCAUAAAACAGAGUCAUACCAGGGGAUAUUCUUUGGUCACAGUGGUGUUGUUACCACCUAAGAGUUUUCUGUAAUGCUUGACACCGCCCUCCCCCUUCCCACACACACGGAAAAGGACUGGACAGAGAGAGUCUGCUCUACAAACUGACUUUGGAGUUUAGAAUCAAGACCCUAACCAUUCAUAAUAUUUUCUAAUUCCCAAUAAAAUGGAAUUUUAAUAAUUUUCUAGUUUAAUAAUUUAAGUAAUAACUUAUCAAUGGAUUUGAUUGUUAUUACUUUGGUUUUUGUUAUAUUGUUUUGUUUUUUAAGGGGUACCAUUAAGCCUCUGUUUCGACCUAUCACAUCCAAUUUAGUUGUAAGCACUGCUUCCAUGCCGAAGUUUAACUUUCCAUUGCAGGGACAGCCUAAGGUCAUCUUCCAAAUAUAAGGGAAGGACCUGCUGGCUUGCUCUUUGUGGAUUUUUUUGCUUUCUGACCAAACUGUUAUAAUACGACAGACCUUCAGCAGAUCAUCCUUUUCUUUGGGAAAGAAAAGUGUCUUUUAGUGUCCUGAAACACCUGUGCAGUAUUUUCCAAAGGAAUAUUAUGCUGAACUGGGAAAAUAGCAAUAGACAAAAAGGCCAUGGCUUUUACAUUAUCAUUUGAAAAGCUUUAUGACAUUUUAUUAAAAUUAGUAAUUCUCAGUGGAGAUGAAAUAUAGUUUAUUAUACAUAAUUUAGACAUCAUGGUUUGAAUGUUUAAGUGCAACCAACACAUCUUAAAGUAAAAGUGGAGCUAAGUAUUCAUGUACAUUCUCAGAGAACACAGAAAAGUUUCUAUUUCACCCUAAAUCUUUGUUAGUCUUUCAAAAUGAGACCAUUUUAGCAACAUUUUAAAAUAUGUUAGGAAUACGAAAAGCAGAUUUUGAAAUACAUAAAACAGGCAUUUUAGGCAAAAAUUCAGAUUAUAUAGGUCUGUACCCUGAGGCAUGGUCAACUAUUUCCUGAAAGGGCUCGUGCCUACAGAUAAAAUAAUAACCAUAGGUUACAAAUAUUCUGCAUCUCUCCCCUCUGCCCCACCCCCUCUUGGAGUGCUUUAAUUAGAAAGAUACUAACAUAGAUUAAAGUCUUAGCCAUGCUCAAUUCCUCCCUUGACCUGAAGAAAACCACAGCCAUCGAGAAAAUGCUGUGUUACAAAACAUCGAAAGUUUUCUCCAAACGCACCAGUGAGCUGAAAUGGAGUACCUGGGAAGUGGACUGCAAGUAAGAGGGAAAAGUGACCUCGUUACACACUCAUGAUUUGACUCGUAUGUUCUUACCUUCUGGGUCAGAACAUUUAAAAGUGUCCAGGGCACUGCUUCCAUGCCGAAGUUUAACUUUCCAUUGCAGGGACAGCCUAAGGUCAUCUUCCAAAUAUAAGGGAAGGACCUGCUGGCUUGCUCUUUAUACUUGCAUUAUGUUGGGUAUUUAUGUACAGGACACAAACUGCUGAAGCAGUAUGGGAUUCAAGCAGACCAAAAAGCAAAUCCUUGCGUGGUACUUAGAGUCCAGCAAGAUAAAAUGAUGGAUCAAAGGAUUAUUUCUGCUUAAUGAAGCAUUUUGGGUUUUGAGUCAUUGGGCUCAGUUUUCAACAGGAUGUUGUACUCAAGGGUGGAAUUUGGAAAUUCCACUAUAGCCAUAUAAUCAAUCCACUCUGAUUAAUUUAAUUGAAACAACUCUUGAUGAAGCCCUGGUGCUCUUAUAAUUUAAAAUUUAGAAAUGGGCAGGGAGAGGGAUGGAUGAUGUGAAGGAUUUUUUUUCCCCCCUCUGAAAUUAGCUUAGUGUAUUAAUUCAGAAAGUAGUCGGUUGCAUCUGAUUGUAUGCCUUAGUAAUCUGAACCAUCUGCCUCUCUAUACUAAGGAGUUCACCUCUUUAAUCCAGCUUACAGCCCACAAACCACUCUUCUCUGUCAUUAUGCCCUUGAAUCGAUGAGGCUGUGCAAAGUCCUUUGCUUUUAAAUGUGUUGCUGUCGUUGAAGAUAUUUGGAAAUUCUGUGUUGGUUUUUUUUCCUUCAGAUUUUGUCUGGGUCUUUGGUUUUCUUUUCCUGGGUCAGAAACAAUGGCUUUCCUUAUGAAAACUAUGAUAAGUAACCAGGUAAAGAAUUUAGGACUUGGAGGUGGAUCUGAAGAAAAAAAAGAAGAAGGAGGUACAUCCGACCCUGCAGCAGCUCACGGGAUGACUAGAGAGGAAUACGAGGAGUACCAGAAGCAAGUCAUUGAGGAGAAGAUGGAAAGAGAUGCUGCGUUUACACAAAAAAAGGCAGAGAGGGCGUGCCUGAGAGUUCACCUCAGAGAAAAGUACAGACUCCCAAAGAGUGAAAUGGAUGAGAACCAAAUCCAGAUGGCUGGAGAUGAUGUGGAUUUGCCCGAAGAUCUCCGGAAAAUGGUAAAUGAAGAUCAAGAAGAGGAAGAAGAUAAGGAUUCUAUUCUUGGGCAGUUACAGAAUCUUCAGAACAUGGACUUGGAUACCAUAAAAGAGAAAGCCCAGGCUACCUUCACAGAAAUCAAGCAGACGGCAGAGCAGAAGUGUUCUGUGAUGUGAGGGGCAGGGUGGGUGUGGAGGAGGGACCAGGUCCAGGUGGAGGUGGCCACUGUCCUGUGGAGUGUUUCAAACCACGUAUACCUGAACGUAGUGAGCAGUUAGAAUAACCAUGAGGAUCAGGCUGUCUACAAAUACAUGGACAACAACUUGGUUGUUCUAAAUGUUCCUGGUAGAGGGUUUAGCGAGCACCCUAUAGCAGGAAUCACAUGGUCCUUUUAGUUAUACCUAUGGUGAAGCAUGAACUUUCAGCUGAGAAAGAGGCAGAACACACAUCUGCCUAAAGAUCCUCAGGACAGCCAUGAAGCAACACAAGCCAAUGGCAUUUGUCUCCGACUUCUUAGAGGGCAAGUUCUCACCCUGUCCAACUAUUAGCACGAGUCCAGGUCCCCUCAGAGAAAGAUGUGGAAGGUCAGGGUGCCCACAGGGAGCCCAGGCUGUAGGCUCAAGAGCCCAUCAAAUCUCACCCCACCUCUUACUCCAGCCUCCUUCGUGUCCUUGAUGCUUCUGAUUGAAUUAUACAUGAAGCCAAGGGGCAGGAGCUGGGACUAGACUUUGCCACUGUUUGCACUGUAGAUCAUCAUUCUAGAGGCUUAUGAAGAAUGGAUUCAGGUGGAGGUGGGAGUUGGGUGUAGGGGCUAGAGGUGGGGGGCAAGGGCAACUAGAAAGUCUACAGCUGUUUCUGCAUUCCCUGUCAUCUCUUGUCUGAACUUGGUGAUAGCAUGUGGACAGAAAGGAUUGACACAUAGCAUUGAGAAGUUAAAUCAUUCUCUCUGCAUGUGUCUCUUUCUCUCUCUCUUCCCCACUUUCUCUCUCAUCCUCUUCCUCCUUUUCUUGCCCCUCUUCCUUUCUCUCCUCUUUCUUUUUUUUUUUUUUUCUCCUGUGUGUCUCCAUCUCACCCUUUCAGACUAGCUUCCAAUAAAACAUGCAGUCGUUCUGUGCUGCGGUCUUCCAGGUUACAGUUGCAGAUGCAGAUCCCACGGAUACGCAGAGCCGGCUAUACUAAGCCAUUUUCCAUAUGGGACUUAAGCAUCUUCUUCAGAUUUUGGUGUGCACGGCAGGUCCUGGAACCAAUCCCCUGCAGAUACCCAGGCAUGACUGUAUACACAGAUUUCUUUUGCCUAAGAGUUGCUCUCAUUCAAAGGAAAUUAUCCAGAAGAAUUAGAACUUUUACCUCUGGAGCACUUAGAGCUGUUGAAGCAAACCCAACCCAGCCAAAACAAAAUACUGUUUUUCAACAAAUGUUCACAAAAUAAAAUAAUUCUCAAAGACCAAUUUUAUCAAGAAGAACCACUCUAUCAGAGAAAAGGGAACCAAGACCAUGAAGUUAGAGGCUAACCCAUUCCCAGAGUUCCCAGAGUUCCCAUUGUAUGAGAAGUUACAUGUUAUGAAAAUAUGUAGGAGUUCCCAUCGUGGCUCGGAGGUAAGGAA